AUGGACCAGAGGAAGGCCAUUUUCCGCGCGAAGCUCCGCGAGACCAAGGAGAAGCAGCAGCGGCGCAUUGACCCCGCGCUGGUUAGGUAUAAUGAAUUUGACCAGCCCAUAUGCAGAGUAUGCAAUAUUACGCUAAAGCCUGAAGCACUUUGGCCUGCACACCAAGUGUCACGGAAACAUCAUGAGGCAAAAGCCGCCACUGCUAAGGCUGCAACAGGUGCGGGAUCUAGAGGCAGCAUUGCCAAGCAAGAGCAACCAUUGGAGUCUCAGAAACAAAAAUCUUCCACACUACCUACCAAUUUUUUUGAUAAUCAGGGAACUAAAAGGCAAAGUGAUUAUACUGGUUCUAAGGGAAGGUCUAUGCGCCGUGAAGUUGCUGUUAUUCAACCGAAGACAAUAGGAGCAAGCAUUGAUAAAUCAUCUGUUAGGAUGGAUCAAAUGUCAAAGAAAGGGAGUCAAAGCAAUACCAGUGUCAAAGGAAUCCUUCCAGGGAAUUUUUUUGACUAUGGAGAAGAAGAUGAAGCUCCAACUCCAGUUCCAAAAGAUCUUAGUACAUCUCAAAAUGUUGCCAGUUCCAUUCACACAAAGGUGAAAGUGGCAUGCAACCCCAAUGAACCGAGUUCAGAAACUGCUCAAGCAAAAGGAUCGUUGCCUGAAGGUUUCUUUGAUAACAAAGAUGCAGAUCUCCGUGCACGUGGUAUCCAACCUCAAAAAGUUGACAUGAAUGAUGCAUACAAAGAAUUCGAGAAGGAAAUUCCGGAGGAUUUGCAGGAAGUUGAUGACCGCCUUGAAGAAGAGGAGAUUGAUGCUGCUGCUGAGAGGGAGGAGUACUUGACUCUAGAGCAACAGGAGUACAGGCAGCAAGUUGAUAUGUUGAAGAAGCAGCUAUUAGAGUCGAAAGCCGCCCGUAGUGCUAAAGUAAAUAGCAAACCUACCGGUAUGGACAUGGAGUCCAGCACUGACUCAUCGAGCGACGAAGACGAUGACAGCACAGAUUUUUCUGUUGAUUGGAGAGCACAGCAUUUGAAAUGA